AUGGGGAAUAUUAAUUACUCGAAUUCCAGAACGACUCCACAUAUUCAUGUUCACAAAAACAUCCAAAUAGCCCAAUCCCAUUGCGAAGGCACACUACAUCCUGAACUUUGUGUAUCCACACUCUCCUCAUUCCCACAUCUCCACCGUAAAUCCAUUGCCGAGAUCAUCUCUUCUACGGUUAAAGUCACUGUAGGCGAGGUCAGAGACUCCGCCCACAACUGCAGCUACCUUCGUCGCCAUAUUCCCAAAUUGGAACCCAUUGAGAAACAAGCACUGGAAGACUGUGUUCAACUCUUGGGGGCCACUAUUUCUGAGCUCAGAACUGCCCUCACUGAUCUCUCACCAAAGAAAUCUGCUUCCAAGUACUACAAUGAAAUCCAAACACUUCUCAGUGCUGCAAUGACUAAUGAGGACACUUGCCUCGAUGGACUUUUCUACAGUAAAAAGAACCUGAGCCGUUACGUUGAGGACAAUCUGCAUACUAUCGCUCACCACAUCAGCAACUCCCUGGCCAUGCUCAAGAAAAUUAAGAGACGGGGCUGUGAAGAAGAAGAACAAGUGUUCCCGGAGUACGGGGCUGUGAAAAACGAAUUCCCAAAAUGGGUGAAGAGGCGGGACAGGGCACUUCUUCAAGCUCCACUGAACGAGACAAAGUUCGACUUGGUGGUGGCAAAGGAUGGUACUGGUAAUUUCACCACUAUCAACGAGGCCUUAAGUGCAGCGCCCAACUCCAGCACGACAAGAUUUGUUAUCUACAUUAAGGCGGGAGCUUACUUUGAAUACGUUGAGGUAGACAAGAAGAAAACCAUGAUAAUGUUUGUCGGAGAUGGGAUCGGAAAGACAAAGAUAAAGGGAAACCGGAAUCAUGUCGAUGGAUGGACUACAUUCCGACCUGCCACCGUUGCCGUGGUGGGAAAAGGAUUCUUAGCAAAAGGUAUCACCUUUGUAAACUACGCGGGACCAAGCAAGCACCAAGCAGUGGCUCUUCGAAGUGGCUCAGACCUAUCGGCUUUCUACCAAUGCAGCUUCGUCGCAUAUCAAGACACCCUCUACGUCCAUUCCCUUCGACAAUUUUAUCGUGAAUGUGACGUUUAUGGAACUGUCGAUUUCAUCUUCGGUAAUGCAGAAGUAGUUUUCCAGAACUGUAACUUGUACGCUCGUCAACCGGACCCAAAUCAGAAGAACAUGUUCACUGCCCAAGGAAGAGAAGAUCCAAACCAGAAUACUGGGAUUUCAAUCUUGAACUGCAAAGUGGAAGCGGCUGCUGAUUUGAUUCCUGUACAAUCAUCAUUCAAGAAUUAUUUAGGACGCCCCUGGAAAGAAUAUUCUAGAACUGUCUUUCUUGGAUCGUACAUUGGCAGCUUAAUAGAGCCUGCUGGGUGGUUGGAAUGGAAUGGUGAUUUUGCAUUGAACACACUUUAUUACGGGGAGUACAUGAACAGAGGACCAGGUUCAAAUACUAGCGCCAGAGUGAAUUGGCCUGGUUAUAGAGUCAUCAACAGUUCGGCUGAGGCAAGUCAAUUCACAGUUGGGAAUUUCAUUCAGGGAGGGGAAUGGUUACCGGCUUCAGGCUUUCCUUUCUAUCUUCAUUUGACUUCCUCCUAAGUAUUCUCUUCGAAUUUUAUGGAUGCUAUUUGUUUGUUUUCUAGGUAGUUAAUCUGAUCGAUUAAUUCCCUGCGUGAGGAGCUUUAAUCAGUAGCCUUUUUCCUUUGGGAA